AUGCCUUCGGACAGAUGGCAGCCCCGACGCAACCCAGACGCUGAUCGCCAGUCCCGCACCAACCUCAACGACUCGGACAGGUUCGGCGAAUCAUCAAGGUCUGCGCAGCGCACCAGAUAUUCUCCAGCACCUGAACGGGACGACGAUCGCUCCGACUUUCCCAACAAGCAGCGCCGGCUCGAUGACAGAGACGCGAGGCGGGCCAGUCCUUCCGCACGCGAUCGAAACGAUGGCCCUGCAGGACCGUCCUCCCCUCGUCGUUCCGACAGCGCUCGCGACACUGCUCGACCGCCAGCUCUUUCCAUCCGAGGUGUUGCAUCAAACCUCACUACCUCUUCGCCCAUGACGCCGAGGGAGAACGACGACGUUAAGCCUCGAAGAGCCCGCAGUCCAGAUCUAUUCGACCGACUCUCCCGCCGGGCCGACUACACCAACGGUUCCAGCCGUUCGCGUCCGGAAAGCUCUUUGCGCUCCCGUCUUGAAGCCGAGAAGGAUCCGGUCGAUUCACCUGACCCUCCCAGACGAAGCACCACCAAAUUAGCUCCGCGCGGUCAGUAUGACGAGAGCGGUCGACGUAUCGAUGAUGCUUCAGCUUCCAUCGACUCGGCAGAUCCCGGCAGAAGACCUGCCGCUCGAAACAGCAUUCCCACUUCGCCGCGCAAACGUGAUACAGCGCCACGCCGACAGCGCGACCGUUCCAGUUCGCCCGCUACCUCCGGUCGCCCUCGCCACCGAGCCACCGAUGACGAUCAGGAAUCACGCUACCGCGACAAUCCGUCGUCUCGCAACGACCACACCCGCAUUUCGCAGCGGUCACCCAGUCCGACGUCCGGCGAGACAUCAAGGAAGCAGUGGGACAGGUCCUCCGAUCGACGUGACAGGUACGACCGUCGCAGAUCCCCAUCGCCCCGAUCUAGCGACAGGGUUGCUCCAAAUGAGCGCAAUCGCGAGCGAAGAUGGGGCGCAAGAGCCCAACCUAGCGACCGAGACGAGCAGUCAGCCACGGAUCGCCGACGUCGAACACCAUCCCCUGCGCGGUCGGACAUUUCCAACCGUUCACGCAGACGAGAUCGCGAUGUGCAGCCUCUACAUCGGCCCGCGCGCGAUCGAGACGCCAAUCAGGUUUCCGAGCGUGAUCGUCAGCGAGAUCGACCCGCUCGCUGGAGGAUGAACAACGACGAUCGAGACAGUGAGAUGCCUGCCGAUCGCGAUCGGCCACCGUUGUCCGACGAUCGUCGAGCGAGGUCGCCAUCUCGGCCAGGCCGAUCGGACGAAAGCACAUCUGAUCGCGGUCACGUCUUGUCGCGCAAGGCGGGGGUGAACGCGACAUUCGAUGGCAAGCAACCGCCGACAGGGCCUCGACGACAAGAUACCGAGGCCAACCAGCGAAGUGUACGCGGAGGAGGAUGGCAGACUGUGCGUCCCGGCGCUCGACGUGAUCGUGAUGCACCAGCGAAUGCAGUCGAUCGCGCUCCAGCUUCCCGCAACGGCCACGACGCCGCCACAGCUGACGGCGAAGAAGCACAAAAAGCCGGGCCCGCUCCGACUGAAGCAGCACCGGUCGAACCCACCCGCGCUGAGCCAGGCGAAGCGUACGAGAGCAUCCACCAAGUAGGCGAAGGCACCUACGGUCAGGUGUUCAAAGCACGCUCCGAGCGAACCGGUGCUCUCGUCGCACUCAAAAAGAUCCGCAUGGAUAGCGAAAAGGACGGAUUCCCCGUCACCGCCAUGCGCGAGAUCAAACUCCUCCAAGCUCUGCGUCACGACAACGUCGUCCGUCUGCACGAAAUGAUGGUCACGAGAGGAUCGAUCUACAUGGUGUUCGAGUACAUGGAGCACGAUCUCAACGGUAUCCUCGCUCAUCCGCAAGUCUCGUUCACCGAAGCACACCUGAAAUCGCUCUCGCAUCAACUCUUCUCCGGUCUCGACUACCUGCAUCGCAAAGCGGUACUGCAUCGCGAUCUGAAGGGAUCCAACAUCUUGCUCAACAAUCAAGGUCGAUUGAAGUUGGCCGAUUUCGGACUGGCACGGUUCUACGCAAAACGGAGGUCGGGAGACUACACGAAUCGCGUGGUGACGCUUUGGUACCGUCCACCCGAGCUGCUGUUCGGAGAGACGCAGUACGGUUCCGAGGUGGACAUGUGGGGGGCUGGGUGCAUCUUUGUCGAGCUGUUUGUCAAGAAACCCGUCUUCCAAAGCGAGACCGAGAUAGGACAGGUUCAAGCCAUCACGGAUAUCCUGGGACCCGUGACGAAACGCAACUGGCCUGACGUAGAUAAGUUGGCUUGGUACGAGAUGGUCAAACCUCCGAGUCAGGAUGAGGAGCAAGAGAGGGAUCAUGUCAAGCAGGCAUUUGGAAAGUAUCUCUCAGAAUCGGCGUUGCAAGUGGCGAGAGGUUUGUUGACCUACGAUCCGAAGAGGAGGUGGUCGGCAAAGGAUGCAAUGGCAGCCAAGUUCUUUGCGGAAGAGCCAAAGAUGGAGUUGCCAGCGGGAUUGCUAUCGAGCUUGCAGGGCGAGUGGCACGAGUACGAAUCGAGGAGGGCCAAGAAGAAGGCUUCAGCACAGAGGGGGACGGACUCGGUGGUUGCAACGACAGCGAUCAGCACGGUGCAGGAUCAGUAG